AUGCAAGCUCAGGAGAUGAUUUGGUUCAUCUCAUUUCUCACUGUCUUCUUCUUCUUAAGUUCCUUGUGUCCUCCUCCAUCUGCACAGGCACAGCAGCCACUACUCUCGCCCAUCCAGAAAGAUAACUUGACAAAACUGUACACUCUUUCUGCUUACCUGAAAACCCCACUCCAACUCACACACUUACAGCUGGAUCUGGGCGCCUCCGAAUCCCUCACUUGGGUUGACUGCACUAGUGGGUUCGAAUCCUCCACCUUCCGCCAUUUAAUCUACACUGACCCCGUUUGCUUAGAGAUUGACUAUCCCGUACUAAUUUAUAGCACCGGAAACUGUUCCAACAAUCCCGACCCGACUUGUUUCGAUGGUUCCUGCGACACAAAUGCUCAGAAUCCGGUGACUCUGGAGCACAUCCUUGGAGAUAUACUACUUGACUCACUUGCCUUGCCUAGUACUAAUGGCAAAAACCCGGGUAAACUUAUGCUUGAUGCAGACUACGUGUUUUCUUGCGGGAAUACCUCGUUGCUCAACGGAAUGGCCACCGGUGUCGCCGGAAUAGCAAUGCUGGGAAGGUUCAAUUUCUCUCUCCCGGCCCAGCUGAGCAGAGCUUUCUCUUCACCUUCCCUAUUCGCCAUUUGCUUGCCGAGUUCUUCAUCCGGCACCGGCCUGGCUAUCUUUAACUCUUACGGCCCAUAUUUCUUUUCACCCGGAAUUGAUCUUUCCAAGUCACUCACAUACACUCCACUCCUGUUAAACCCAUUUGGCGGCGUGAUUCAACCUUACGUUAGGGCGUCCUAUCAGUAUUUCAUCGGAGUGACCGGAAUCAGAGUGAACGGGAGAUCAGUGCCGUUGAAUAAGACCCUUUUGGAGAUCGACCAAAAAGAUGGCACCGGCGGGACUACGAUUAGCACCGCAACGCCGUACGGGAUAUUGCAGACGUCCAUUUUCAAGGCCUUGAAGACAGCAUUCAAGGAGGCAGCUGUUUCUCUCAAGCUCAAGACGAGUACGCCGGUGAAGCCAUUCAGUUUGUGUUACAAGGCAGGUACAGUACCCAGUACGCGCCAGGGACCGGCUGUUCCGACCAUCGAUCUGGUGCUACAGAGCGAGAGUGUGAUCUGGAGGAUCUCCGGUGCCAAUUCGAUGGUUAACGUCGGUGGGAAUGCAUUGUGCCUUGGGUUCUUGGAUGGCGGGCGAAAUCCGAAGACGUCAAUCGUGAUUGGAGGGCUUCAGAUUGAAGAUAAUCUGCUCCAAUUCGACAUGGUUUCUCAGAGGCUUGGAUUUAGCUCCUCUGUUUUGUCCCAGAGCACAACUUGUUCCAACUUCAAUUUCACCACCAAUAAUUUGUGA